CUCAGAAACCCAGACGUUAACAAACAAAACGGAUCUCCACCACCGUUUGGAGAGAAGCUAAAAAAUUCCGACCAAAAAUCUUCCAAAUUCCUCCAUCGGAGCCACCACCCACGGCCGGGGUUUCUCUUUCUGGCUCAAAAUGUCGCGAAUCAAUUUUAGUAUAAUUCUGAUUCUGGGGUUAAUGUCGACGGUGGUGCAUUCCAUGCGGUUCGACCUCCAAUCGGGCGCCACCAAGUGCAUCUCCGACGACAUAAAGAGCAGCUCCAUGACCGUCGGCAAGUACGCCGUCGUCAAUCCCAAGGAGGGAUUUCCUAUACCUGAUUCGCAUAAGCUCACUAUCAGGGUGACCUCACCUUAUGGAAGUAACUAUCACUAUGGGGAUCAUGUGGAGUCGGGUAAUUUUGCGUUUACUGCUGCAGAGACUGGUGAUUAUUCUGCUUGCUUUUGGGUGUCAGAUCAUAAGCCCUCGACGACGGUGACGAUUGAUUUUGACUGGAAAACUGGUGUUGCUGCUAAGGACUGGUCCAAGGUUGCCAAGAAGGGGCAAAUUGAAACGAUGGAACUUGAGCUGAAAAAAUUGUACGAUACCGUGUCAUCCAUUCAUGAUGAGAUGUUUUAUCUUCGUGAAAGGGAGGAAGGAAUGCAACAACUUAAUCGAUCAACCAACUCCAAGAUGGCGGUUUUUAGCGGGCUUUCGCUUUUUGUAUGCCUGUCAGUGGCUGGUUUGCAACUAUGGCAUCUCAAGAUGUUCUUUGAGAGGAAGAAGCUCCUCUAGUUCCACAUUGUAUUUAUUUUUUCAAAUUUAUUUCUGCAGUUACAUACGCACACUAAUUUUUGUUCCCUGUAUUUUGAUGCCAAAUUGUAAUUUGGGCAUUGAUUUGUUCUGCCGAGAGGUUAGCUUCUAGGAAGGAAUCCUAUCAAUUUUUUUGUUUGUUUUGUUGAAACUGGUUUCUGUACUUUUUCCAGAGCCAGAAAACUGACUGACUUCAUCAACAUCAUUGGGAAAUUUAAUAUAUCGUUGUAUAAAAAACAUUAGUUUAUGUCA